GCGUGCGUGUGUGUCGGGGUGAGGUGGAGGCAGAGAGGGAGAGAGUCGAGCAGCGGGGACGGACGGACGGAGCGGCGGAGCGCAGCGGCAGCGGACACUUUUCCGCGUCCAGCCUCAUCCAGCAGCAGAUCGCUACUAUGCGCAUCGCCUCCAGAGCUCCCCGGCACUAGAAGCGCAAGGGCAGCUGAACGGCUCCACGACCUCAUGAGUGUGGUUUGGCCUGCCACUGAGUAGGAGCUCUAUGUGGAUCAAGAGUUGAAGAAGGAGCACCUGAGACUAGUGGUGAUCUUUCUGCACCACCCUCAGCUCGUCCACCUCGUCCCUCCGCCUUCGUCCUUCUCCUGCAGCCUCUCUUCGCCAUGCCUCUCUUGUCCUCUCCUUCCCUCUUCCUCCUCUUCCUCCUCUUCCUCGUGGCCCCGCUGCCUCCCUGCCAGCCGGAGUCCCAGCGGGUGGAGCCCAGCGGCGACCCCGACCUGAGGACGGCGCUGCCCUCGUCCUUGCCCUCCGCCUUCCCGCCCUCCUCGUCCUACAACAACAACUCCGGCCCCGGGGUGAAGGAUAAGUGCAACGUGGUGACGACGUGCACGCCCGGCAUCCUGCUGCCCGUCUGGAAGCCCGACCGGCCCGGACUGGGAUACCAGGUGGCCCGGGCGGUGGUCUACUUCGUGUCGCUCAUGUACAUGUUCCUGGGAGUCUCCAUCAUCGCCGACCGCUUCAUGGCCUCCAUAGAGGUCAUCACGUCUCAGGAGAAGGAGGUGACCAUCACGAUGCCCAACGGAGAAACAUCGGUGGCGACGGUUCGGAUCUGGAAUGAAACGGUGUCCAAUCUGACGCUCAUGGCUCUGGGCUCCAGCGCUCCAGAGAUACUACUGUCUGUUAUUGAGGUGUGUGGUCAUAACUUCGAGGCCGGUCAGCUCGGUCCAGGAACCAUCGUUGGCAGCGCCGCCUUCAACAUGUUCGUGAUCAUCGGCAUCUGUGUGUGGACGAUCCCCAACGGAGAGACCCGCAAGAUCAAGCACCUCCGAGUGUUCUUCAUCACCGCCUUCUGGAGCAUCUUCGCCUACAUCUGGCUCUACCUCAUCCUGUCCGUCAUGUCGCCAGGCGUCGUGGAGGUGUGGGAGGCUCUGGUGACUCUGCUGUACUUUCCCGUCUGUGUCAUCCUGGCCUGGAUCGCCGACCGCCGCCUGCUCUUCUACAAGUACAUGGGCAAGCGUUACCGUGCCGACAAGCGCCAUGGCAUCGUCGUGGAGACUGAGGGGGACCUGACGCCCACCAAGGGCGGCAUGGAGAUGAUCAUCGAUGGCAAGCUCCCGCCACGAGGGGGCGCCGUGGUUCCCGCUGAGAAUUGUGGAGUCGGCGCUCAGGACGGCACGGCGGGCACCGCCACCAACAACGUCGGCGUGGCGGCGGGAGCCAUGGCAAUGGGAGUCGGGGGCAACCUGCCCAACUCCAACAGCGCCAUGGUGAACAUGGACAGCAAGGAGCUGGACGAGAGCCGUAAAGAGGUGAUUCGUAUCCUGAAGGAGCUGAAGCAGAAAUAUCCCGACAAAGAGCUGGACCAGCUGGUGGAACUGGCCAACUACUACGCACUGCUGCACCAACAGAAGAGCCGAGCCUUCUACCGCAUCCAGGCCACUCGUAUGAUGAUCGGAGCCGGAAAUGUUCUGAAGAAACACGCCGCCGACCACGCUCGCCGGACAGCCGUAACCGACGAGGAGGCGCCGGAGGACGACGACCUGGCCGUCUGCAGCCGCAUCUCCUUUGAAAGCGCCCACAGUCAGUGCAUGGAGAACUGUGGAGUCCUGACGCUGGCGGUGGUCUGCCAAGGCGGUCUGGGAGAGAACACGUUCUAUGUGGACUACAGAACAGAGGACGGUUCUGCCAACGCCGGCUCAGACUACGAGUACAGUGAAGGAACGCUGGUGUUCAAACCUGGAGAGACUCACAGGGAGAUCAAGGUGGGUAUCAUCGACGACGACAUAUUCGAGGAGGACGAGCAUUUCUUCGUCCGCCUCCUGAACCUCCGUGUCGGCGACGCUGAGGGGAUGUUCGAGAGUGAUGAGGUCGGCGCCAUGCCUAAAGCCCGCCUGGUGGAGCCGCUGGUCGCCACGGUGACCAUCCUGGACGACGACCACGCCGGCAUCUUCACGUUCAGCGAGCGUAUGGUGAGGGUGAGCGAGAGCGUCGGCACCAUGGAGGUGACAGUGGUUCGAAACUCGGGCGCCCGCGGCACCGUCAUCCUGCCGUACCACACCGAGUCCGGCACCGCCAAGGCCGGGGACGACUACGAGGACGCCAGUGGGGAGCUGGAGUUCACCAACGACCAGACCACUCAGACUCUUCAGAUCCGGAUUAUCGACGAUGAAGAAUACGAGAAACAUGAAAACUUCUUUGUUGUGUUGGAGGAGCCCCGCUGGCUGAAGAGGGGAAUCUCAGCUCUGCUGCUCAGCCAAGAGGGGACCGAGGGCCAGAUGAGCACCGAGGAGGAGGAGGCUCGGAGGAUAGCUGAGAUGGGGAAGCCCAUCCUGGGGGAGCACAGCCGGCUGGAGGUGGUGAUUGAGGAGUCGUACGAGUUCAAGAGCACCGUUGACAAGCUCAUUAAGAAGACCAACCUGGCGCUGGUUAUCGGAACGCAUUCCUGGAGGGAACAGUUUGUGGAGGCGGUUACUGUCAGCGCAGGUGACGGGGAUGAAGACGAGGAGGGUCGCGAGGAACGUCUUCCAUCCUGCUACGACUACGUCAUGCACUUCCUCACCGUGUUCUGGAAGGUUCUGUUCGCCUGCGUCCCGCCCACCGAGUACUGGAACGGCUGGGCCUGCUUCUUCGUGUCCAUCAGCGUCAUCGGCCUCCUCACCGCCAUCAUCGGAGAUCUGGCGUCGCACUUCGGCUGCACCGUGGGUCUGAGGGACACGGUGACGGCCGUGGUGUUCGUGGCUCUGGGGACCUCCAUCCCAGACACGUUUGCCAGUAAAGUCGCCGCCAUGCAGGACCAACACGCCGACGCGUCCGUGGGAAACGUCACCGGCAGCAACGCCGUCAACGUGUUCCUGGGGAUCGGCGUGGCCUGGUCGGUGGCCGCCGUCUACUGGAAUAUCAAAGGAAGGGCGUUCGAGGUGGAUCCGGGCUCGCUGGCCUUCUCCGUCACGCUCUUCACCAUCUUCGCCUUCAUCUGCAUGGCCGUGCUGCUGUUCCGGCGUCGGCCCUCCAUCGGCGGGGAGCUGGGCGGCCCCCGGGUCCCCCGACUGCUCACCACUCUGCUGUUCCUGGGCCUGUGGUUCCUCUACAUCCUGUUCUCCAGCCUGGAGGCCUACUGCCACAUCAACGGCUUUUAAACGGGAGACGAGGAACCUCCCAGAAGAAAACUGCACAGCGACACACACAUAAAUCUACUUUAAAUUCAGUUCAAACACACGAAACAACAAGAAACCAGAUCCAUCUGUCAGGCUCCUGCAGCCUGGAGGCUCCUGGUCCGAGACGCUCAACAUUACAGACACAUGUUCACACACUCACGCUAUAUGUAGGCAUGUUAACCAGAUCAUUACUGAGGUGCUGGAGUGUGAAGGUGAGAGGAAGUGUUAGUGAGAGGUGAGAAGGUUCAUCAGCAGGUGAGCAGAAGGAAGUGAAAGUUUAUCAGAUGAACAGAAACAAACGGGUUCCUGCCCUCCAAACUCCACGUUAGUUCCCUGUGGAGGCGGAGCGCCGUGUGAAAACAGGAGUGGAAUGUUUACAACAACAACAACAACAACAACAUUGUGUUUGUUUACUCCAGCAGGUUCUUCUAUGGAGGUGAUGCUUGUUUAAUUCACAGUAUAGGUGAAGGUUCUCCACACGCGCUGUAAAUAGAAACCGGUGUACAUACGGAGGGAAGCGCUCUGCAGGCUAACGGGGAUGCUGAUGAGGAAAUGAUUCACCCUGGAGCUGUGGAAGCAGCAGUCGAGCUUCUAGUUUAAAAACCUGCGCAAACAUCACCAACGUUUGGUUUUGUGCUGAACAGAGCAGCUCAGACACGAUGAGAAAAAUCAGCCUGAAGUUUGUAGAGAGCAUCCAGUCAGACGGAGGUUUGUGAAGGUUCUUCUUUGCAUGUAUAGGCAUCCUCACAUUAUCUCCAUUCUGUAUACUUUGUCAAAGGAAACGAGCAGAAGCUCCUGUAAAUGACAUCCAUGUGAACAGAAAGUGUCUGAGAGGAACCUGAAGGACAUUUUUCCUCGUCAGACUCUGAGCUUCUGUCGUCUGAACCAGUCAGUGUGUAGUUCAGGCCCAUCGUUACUGUGGCAUGUUUCUUAUCCAGCGUUAGCGGCGUUUUCAUCAGUCUCUACUGCACGAUUCAACAUCAUUUAGAGGAAACAAACUCCUGAUGCUUCGGCUGCAGACGCUCGUCGAUAGCAGACAGAAUGCCUUAAAGAAAACGCUCCAGUGAAGUCUAGUAUUGAAGCUUCCAGCUGUACAAACUGCCCCGGCUGCACUGAUGUAACUCAAACAUGCUGUCGUGUUUUCCUUUUAGUCCACAAACUGUUAGCGUCACUGUGUGAGGUUCAGCACUGGAUGGUUGUAGUUUAUUCGUUGUGCUCAAAGCACAAAACAAACAGCAGACGUCUGAACGGAGUCUGAACUAAAGGUCUCAUUCUGCUUUUCAACGCUGCAGGAAAUCUGCACACAUUUGUAGAGUCAGAGCUUCAUAACGGGCUGAUUUCAGUGGAAACACGUCGCUCAGUAUUUGCAUGACAGACUUGGAGCUAAAGUUCACGAGAAACUAAAACUAGCGGCUGCUAUAAAAACAGAAAAAAACCAGAACACAAACAUCGUCUGCUCUGCUGCCAGGUUUCAGGUUUAUUACUUCAAGUCAGUUCAAAUCAGAGUGAAGCAGAGUCAGAAUAAAGUCCUGAACGAUUAGCUUUGAGCUUGAUUUAUUAUUAUUACACUGCCUAAUAUCAGCCGCAUUCAUAUAAAUCUGUGAGGACUUUACAUGGCAGACACCCUCAGACAAUAAGUGCUACACAAGUGGAGUUUGUGAUUGUUGUUCUUAUGAUAGCAGAAGGAUUGGAUUCGUUUACCCUUUGUAAACUUUAUAAAAACCAAUUUUGUAUCUUUUCCUUGCAGAUAUAUAGCCAAGGUCGAUUUUUUUGUACUUCUAAACACCGUUUAGAAUAGUAUCAGUAUAUAAAAUUGGUAGAGUAGACGACAUAGUUGCUGAAUUUAGCCGAUUAGAUUUUGAUAUCUUUUCCACGGUGAGGAAGCUUCCCUUUACCUGCUCCAUGACAGCGUGGUGGUUCGUCAUCAGGAUCCUCAGUUACUCACCUGGUCGUUUCUGUACGUUCCUCCUCAUCAGGUCAGAUCUAUAUUUAUUUAUUCAUGUGAGGACAAGCUGCGCCGCUCGGCCUUGAGGUCUGCAGUUCGGUUCGAGGAUUGUGGUUUUUAAUGUGCAAUACGGGAAAACCUAAAAAAAAGUUCACACCUUGUCGUUAGAGCAGCUUCAACUCGAGCUCGGUUCAGUUGUUCUGCUGCAGUGUUUGUCGUUCAUCUCUCCACGCGGUCGUCUGAAGGAGGAGUUGGCGUGUAAGUAGCAUGUUUACAUGGAGGAACAGGGAGGAACAUUGCCAGUAUGAUUGUCAGUCUGCUGCGAGUUUAGACGUGUGUCGCUGAAACACACAAACGCACACACAGACGUACACACACACACACACAGGUCUGCUGAGGUGUGAUGUGACCCAGAUGUGGCUCCGGAAGCAGAACUGCCCACAAUGUCCGGACAAUGUUCCAUGUUUCCAUGAACUUCUGUACUAACUGUCGGGCUUCGGCCUUUGCUGUUUCUGUAGCUUAGAUGUGAUCCGGCCUCCCUCCCCUUCCCCUCCUCACCCGCCUCCCCCCGGUGUGUGUCCGUGUUUGCCUCCCCUCCUCCGUGUUCCUCUGCACAUGCAUGACGAACCCCCCCCCCGUGUACACGUGUUAGCAGCAUGGUCUACUGUGAUGGACGCCUGUAGGCAAACUUUACCGGGUCGAUUCCCUCAGAUCUCCAAACUUUCAGAGCCUCGUCGCUCCGGCCACCGAGGCUCCGUCUGCCAGAAGCUCCACCCGGAUCAUCUUUCUGUUCGUUGGUGGUUGAUAUUUCCGUGUCCGUGUUCGUGUUCGCCCCCAUCCUCCCCCAGGUCUUGCUCUUCAAUGUGUCUUCUCUGUGAAGUUGUUUCCUGUGAUGAUGAAAAUUUCUCUCUGCCUGAAUCUUUGUAGGGAAAUAACGACUGAGUUACUCCAAUAUCAUGUGAUAGACAUAAACAUUUAUUCUCUACUGUAAGAAAUUAACUGAAGAUGAUAUUUAAGUUUUUUUAUGAAAUGCAGGAAAAAUUUCUCAAGAAAAAAAACAGAAGUUGUUUUUGAAAACAUGGCAUGAGGUGUAAUGUGUUACUGAAAGAAGAUGAAGGUCUUUAAUUAAGUGAAGUCGACCUUAUUUAAAUAUAGUUUAUUUAUUUUCAAGG